CUGGGUUAAUCGUAAGAAUGAUGAGCCAAAGUUCAGGGUCUGAUACAAAUUCGAGUCGGAUCUGGGAUCCUCUUUGCUGCAAUUGUGGUAGAGCUACGACGCUUGCAAAGUCUUGGACAAAUGAGAAUCCGGGUAGAAGAUUCUUUAAGUGUGUUGUUCAUGGUUUUGCAAAGUGGGCAGAUGAAGAAAGGCCAUACGGUUGGCAGAAGGUGAGCUUACUGGAGGCUAGAGAUGAGAUCAAGGUACUGAGGGAAUCUCUGAAGGCAAUUAAUGUGACUGGUUCCACUGCUCUCUCCCAUGAUUUAGUGAACAAACACGAAGAAGAGAAGAAGAAGCUUGAAAGUGAAGUGAUGGCUGCUAAUGAGAGGGAAAAUAUGCUUAGGCAGUUUAUCUUAUUGUCUUGGGGAGGUGUCAUUGUUGUUAUUGCCAUGAUCCUUGUAAUGGUGGUGUUGAUUGGGUCUGCGCUCUAUGCCACCUNCUUACGACCAGGAGGCCGUCCACGAGCACGCCCUUUUGCAGUUGUGUUACCUGGAUCACUAGUGGUAGCUGGAGCACUUGAAUGUUGUGGUACUUGUGGUUAUUGCGUUGAUUGGCUUUGA